ACUGUUCCAAGCAGGGUUCUUUUGUUCCAGCUAGCUAUGCUACCACGCAUCUAACAUAAUAUGAGAUAGCUUGCUACAGUAUAUCGUUGUGAUAGGUAACAAAUUGAUUGUGUGAUCAUAUAUUAAUGGUGUGGAAUACAAUGCUUGCCCGGAAAAAGGAGCUCUUGAUGGAGGACUGCCUGCACACUUCCUCAGAGAACUUGUCUAAGCUGGUGCGCUGGGCCCACAGCCACGGCACAAUCUGCAGCCUCAUCCCGGGCCUCAAACACCUCCUCACCGAGGGUUCCCAUAGCAACCUCACCGCCAUGUGGGGUUGUGGUGCCGGCCACGCCUACCACUGGCCUCUGACCUCCUCCUGCAGGCCAGGGCAGAAAGAACGGGUUUCGUGUUACCAGGACAACCGGGGAAUGCUCUCUGAGGCGGGGCCCCAGACCGGCACCGGCAGUGAUCGCUUCCUGGCCAGGGCCUCGAAGGCCAAAGGGGGGAGCAACCAGACGAGGGACUCGUGUGACUUCUCCAACUGUAGUGAGCCCUCGGAGGCAGACGACAACACGGAGGAGUUUGGCAGCAACCUGUUCGACACGGCGUGCGAGUCGUCAGCCACGGAUGAAGACGGGGAGUAUGAGCCUCAGCACCCUGCCAGGAAGAGGGGGGGCACCCCGGGGGGGUCAGGGGGUCUGCGGUCAGAAGACAAGGCCGUGAAGAGGAUCAAGCUGGAGGUGUCUGAGGACUAUUACAUGGUGGCUAACGGCCAACAAGCUCCAGCAACCGACUCGGACCCAAAGGCCACAAAUGCCUCCGCCCGGCCAUAUGUGGGACACGGCUUUCCCACCAAGCCUUCCUCUGGGGAUGGAGACGGUCUGGUUGCCGCCUCCUCCUCCUCCCUACUCUGCCCAUCCGCCCCUAACACCUCUUUAGCCAAGCUGGCCUGUGGCCUGGCACCCCAGCCUUCACUCAUACACCAGGAGCUCUGCUCGGGGCCCAGCCAGAACAUGAGCCUCUCCAGGGAGACCCGGCCGGUGGGCCCCGGCCCCGGUGACCUCCUCCUGGGCUCUGAGGAGCUGCUGAGGGCUGGAGAAACAGGCCUGGGGGAACUGAAACCUGAGCUGGAGCUGGCAGCGCAAACUCUGGCCAGCAGCACUGACACCACAGGAGAAGCAGCAGCGGGUCCGGGGCCGGGUGAGAUCGAGCGUCUGCGCGCGCUGCUGCAGGCGGAGAGGAGCCGCAGCGAGCUGAUGGGGGAGACGAUCAGCAGCCUGAAGCAGGACAAGGAGCUGCUCCAGCAGGAGCUCACCAAGAAGGCCGAGCUCAUCUGCGACUUCCUGCAGGACCAACUGCGUCCAGAGAAGAGGAGGGCUCACUCGUCCAAUCACAUGGAGCCGGGCAGCUCCCACAUGGCGUCGUUUGUCGAGGAGGCGGCCUUCGAUUCGCCAGUGCUCUUCGACUCCUUUGAGGAGGUGGAGCUCCAUCCCCUGGAUCGCCACAGAGGCCUGAAGAGCAAGAGGAACAGGGACGGAGAGAACACGCGCGUCCGGAUGAAGAACGUCGUCGGCGUGAUUGCCCGCUACAUGGCGGCGCUCCAGGAGUUCAAACGCAGCGUGUCCAUGAAGGUGGCGUUCGACCGCGUGGGCGUGGACCGCAACACCAUCUCCCGCACGGCAGCCAUUGCUGAGCUGAGCCUGGCGGCACCCGAGGUCUUCCACGCGCUGGCGCCUUGGGAUGAGAAGGAGGAGACGCUGGCACACUAUGCCCACAGAUGCCGGCAGGCGAUGGACGACAACAUCAAAGCCAAGAUCAAGAGCAUGAAGGCCAAAGGAGACCUGCUGCCAAUUGUCAGCAAGUAGGUCCGAAACCAUUGACUGGCUGGGUACCUCAAACUGGCUAGACUAGGGGGGGACUUAUAGAGGUCUGGGCCUGAGUAUGUAGUGUGUGCCUGCCUUGGUCUGGUCUAAUGGGCUUGGACCUGGGGUUGGAACGUGUGGUUCAGAAUGCCAGGAGCUUGUGGGGAGGAGAGGUUUGGGGCUUGGGAAUGUCUCCUUAGCAUCACCCUGUUCAGAUGGGGUCAUUUGUUUUAUCUGUUGCCUGGCUGUCCCUAAAGUCUGGUUUAAACUCAAUCACUCAACAUUUGACUAUCAUGUUAUUGAUAGUUGAAUGCAACUAUGAGCCAGCCUUCCUUCUGCCCCAGCAUCCCUAACCCCUGGACUAACCAAAACCCUGAACUUUAUUGUUGGGCACAAAAGAUAUUCACCAUAAUCACUAAUAUUUAUGUGAAAAAGAUAUGUUGUUUUUAAUCAUGUAUAUAUCCCUAUUAGAGAUCCCCAGUCCAGUAAAAUCUCCCACGUGUUUUUGUAAUUGCAUGUUCACUUUUAGCUGUGAUCUGGUGUGGUCCGAGCUGUGUGUGUGUGUGUUUUGUUCUCUAGAGUUUCUGGGCGUCUGUGUCCAUCUGCAGUCAGAGAUUGUUUAACACUAACACAUCCUUCUGAGGCCACUUUGCAGAAUGCAUAAGCUGUUACCAGCAGUGGGAAAGCAGAAGGCAUAUGAAAAAGUAAGAUUUGAGAGACACUGAAGUCAAAUGAAAUGACAAAUCAAUAUAUUGUUUUCCAUCAAAAGGUCUUCUUUGCAGAUCUCCAUGGUACAUACUCUCUCAGAUUGAUUUUAAUACUCAGGCUCGGCACCAUUGACAUCUACAAACGAGCCCAGCUAACUACUGAAAGCCUGGUUAUGACCUUCAGCCUCUGAAUAUUCUGUAGCUUGUCUGGCCCUCAUGUUUUACAAUCAGAUCACCUAAAAGCCUGAGGACUUGUUUGACUGUUACACCCACACCUUUAGAAGAUAAUUCAAAAAACAAUGCCUGACCUACAUAUGAUGGUGUUUAAUGAUGAAAUGAUAAAUGUAUACAGUACCAAUGAAUAAUAAGUGCUUGGGAAAAUAUGUCAGCUGGAAGCUGUGUUCAAAUUUAAUAGCAUUGGUAGUACACUUACUGUUCACUUGAUCUUAAAUUGAA